AAGUCAGGCGAUGAGAGAAGCAGCUUCAGCUCCUGGCCCCCUUUAUACUUUUUGGUGGGGAGUGAAAGUAUAGUUGGGAGUGAAAGCAGCGUUCCCUGCAGUAGUACAUGGUCACAGAAAUUGGAAUCUUUUAGAAUAAUUUAUCUUUUUAAAUAAACGAGUCUACGUUUAGACUUUUUAAAAAGUGUUAAGUUGGACAUGAGAGGGACAUGAUCAACACAAUUAUAAGCACAGGAUGAAACCACAGUGGAAGAGAAAAUACUGUAAACUGACUGACUGCUAAUGAAGAUGGUUUAUUUUCGUGGCAGGCAUCUGUAAUAGAAAUGUAAAUACAGUGUCACAGUUUUUCUAAAGUUGUAUGAAAUUAAGUGGACUGAUAUAAAAAUGCAGAUGGCUGGCUGUGGUGAAAUUGAUCACUCACCAAACAUGCUUCCUACCAACAGGAAGACAAGCGAGUCCUGUCCUAACACUACACCUUCUCUAACUGUCCCUGAAUGUGCAAUUUGUCUGCAGACAUGUGUCCACCCAGUCAGUCUACCCUGUAAGCAUGUUUUCUGCUAUCUGUGUGUAAAGGGAGCUUCAUGGCUUGGAAAGCGAUGUGCCCUCUGUCGACAAGAAAUUCCAGAGGAUUUCCUUGACAAACCAACCUUACUGUCACCAGAAGAACUCAAAGCAGCAAGUCGGGGAAACGGUGAAUAUGCAUGGUAUUAUGAAGGAAGAAAUGGGUGGUGGCAGUAUGACGAACGUACUAGUAGGGAGCUGGAAGAUGCUUUUUCCAAAGGCAAAAAGAGCACUGAAAUGUUAAUUGCUGGAUUUCUGUAUGUUGCUGACCUUGAAAAUAUGGUUCAGUAUAGGAGAAAUGAACAUGGACGUCGUCGGAAAAUUAAGCGGGAUAUAAUAGAUAUACCAAAGAAAGGAGUAGCUGGACUUAGGCUGGACUGUGAUACUAGUACUAUAAACCUAGCAAGAGAGAGCUCUGCUGACGGAGCGGACAGUGUAUCAGCACAGAGUGGAGCUUCUGUUCAGCCUUUGGUGUCAUCUUCUGUAAGGCCCCUGGCAUCAGUAGACGGCCAAUUAACAAGUCCUGUAACACCAUCCCCUGAUGCAAGCACUUUGGAAGACUCUUUUGCUCAUUUACAGCUCAGUGGCGAUAGCAUAACUGAAAGGAGUCAUAGAGGGGAAGGAGAAGAAGAUCAUGAAUCACCGUCUUCAGGCAGGGGACCAGCACCAGACACCUCCAUUGAAGAAACUGAAUCAGAUGCCAGUAGUGAUAGUGAGGAUGUAUCUGCGCUCGUUGCACAACACUCCUUGACCCAACAGAGACUCUUAGUUCCUAAUGCAAACCAGACAGUAUCUGAGCGGUCAGAUCAAUCAGGAACUGAUCGGUCAGUUGCAGGGGGCGGGACAGUGAGUGUCAGAUCUAGAAGGCCUGAUGGACAGUGCACUGUAACUGAAGUUUAAAUAAAAGUCUUCAGCUCUG